AUGGUCUGUGCUUUGGACCAGGGACUGAGAUCCUCGUUGAGAUGGGCCGCCGUGCUAGUUCUUCUCACUCAGUGUUCUCAGGUUGCUCUGGGACUGCGCACGGCAUCAGGUUCGCCAUGUGCGUCUCUGUGUAGCCCAUCGAAUGACACGGCGCCUUCCGAGAUUGUAUGUGAGGACUACCAGUUUCGUGAAACCGCAGUCGGGCGAAAGUUCCAGUCGUGCAUUUCAUGCGAAUUGAACAGCACGUACGUCGAUAGCGCCAGCGAUGAAUCGGAUCUUGAAUGGGCUCUGUACAACCUUCGAUACGGAUUUUCGUCCUGUGUUUAUGGCUACCCCGAGAAAGUCGGAAAUGUCUCCAGUCCUUGUCCGGUCGCUUGCAACGACGUGAUCACCGCGUUGGAGUAUGACCUGACGAACCCUUCAGGUGACAACUUCGACACCUGGUGUGGCACCACGUCCUUUGCGGAUAAUGCAAUCACGAAAUGUGAGGCGUGCUAUAACCAAACGUAUGGUCAGUCGAAUAGUCAAGUAUAUCUGUCGAACUUCCUCGAAGCCCUUCGCUAUAACUGCCAUUUUAGCACCCCAACGGGGGAAGAUUUCCCAAUUACCCCGACUCGCAUCUUUUCCGAGUCGAUGCUCCCUUCUUCCACCGUCAACCUCACCUCCCCUACUGCGAAGGGAGGGUUAGGCUCGGCGAAACUCGCCCUGAUCAUAGCACUCCCAAUCCUAGGCUUUGUGGUUCUGCUCUGCGUUCUCGCGAUCUCAUGCUUCUUCUUCAUCCGCGCACGCCGCAAGAAGAUCCGCAAGAUGCGACAGCCCGGGCAUCUCCAUGCAGGCUGGAACCACCCGGGCAGCGGCGCCCCUCAAUGGGCCACUGAAUACCCAGCGCAGGCGCAGGGUAUGUAUGGCCCUGCAGUGUAUUAUCCCGAACCCAUGAACGGGGUUGUCUUUGUCGACGCCGACGGCCGGCCGCAGGAGGUGGGAUACGCCAAAUCACCGGAAGAGAAAGCGUCUCAGACGCAUCCGACGGAUGAUGUACCGCCGCCUGCAGAGCAGCAGCACCCGAAUAAUGGGAAGAUGAAGCAGGUUGACUAA